GCUGAGACGGGACGGAAGCGGAAGUGAGGGAGAAAAGCCCGAAGCCUCCGCUGUUCGCAUGCGCAGGUUAUAGUGUUUACUUCCGCCUGCGAGGCCUGGACGCGAGGAAGUCUUCCACGUGGGAUACCCUGCGAGGGGUUUGGUGUAGUCGCGACCCUGGGCGAUCCUCGCAGCGGGCCUGAGAGGCAAGAACAUGUGGAUCCCAGUGGCCGGGCUUCCUCGGCGGCUGACGCUCACCUCUUUGGUGGGCGCUGGUCGCUUUUGCAUUUUAGGGGCCGGAGCGGCGACGCGAAAGCCCUUGCAGGCGAGGAACCGCCGUGGCCUGUCUGACUACGCUCCGCAGCUGUGUCUCAAUCCCUAUUUCAGGAAGUCGCCCCGGCCGGUGAUGCGUAAGUCCACCUUAGACGUUAACCGUUACAUAACUAAUCGGAGAUUGGCCGAGACCAUGGCGCAGAUCGUAUGCGGAAAAGAAACAACACCUCCACAUCUAUUUCUGGAAUGCAGUGCAGGUCCUGGAAUCCUGACUCAGGCAUUACUUGAAGUUGGUGCCAAGGUGGUUGCCCUUGAAAGUAACAAAACUUUUAUUCCACAUUUGGAGUCUCUAGGAAAAAAUCAGGGUAAAAAACUACGAGUGAUUUACUGUGACUUUUUUAAAAUGGAUCCUAAAGGUGGUGGAGAAGUAAAACUACCCGCUAUGGCUUCACAGGACCUUUUUCAGACUUUGGGAAUAGAAGCGGUUCCUUGGAAAGAAGGUAUCCCUUUAAAAGUAAUUGGAGUGUUGCCAAUUAGGAGUGAAAGGAAGAUACUUUGGAAACUUAUACAUAACUUAUAUUCCUGUACUUCUCUAUAUAAAUAUGGACGAAUAGAACUAAAUGUGCUUAUUUCUGAAAAAGAAUUCCAGAAACUAAUGGCAGAUCCCAGAAAUCCAGACUUGUAUCAGGUAUUAAGUGUUCUCUGGCAAAUAGCUUGUAACAUUAAGGUUCUGCACAAGGAAUUAUUAGAACCAUCACAAGAAAAGCUGUAUUUUAUUCAAAUUACUCCUUGUAAAGAUUUAUUUACAGAGAACUUAACACCUUUGAGCUAUCAAGUAUUUAUUCACAUGGUAAAGCACUGUUUUGGGAAACGCAAAUGCCCUAUAAUAGACCACUUACGUUCACUGACUCCACUUGAUGCAGAAGAUAUAUUGAGGCAAAUAGGAAAAACGAAAGAAGAUAAAGUAACUAACUGGUACCCUCAAGACUUCAAACGACUUUUUGAAACUAUACAGUCUUCCAAAGGUUAUGCUUAUAAAUGGCUAUAUGAUGACGGGCUGGAAGGCAGAUAUAACGACUAGACUGUCAAGACAUUGGGUGGAGCAGUUUAUUUAUUUGGAGACCAUGACUUGAAAACCAAAUUCGAAAAACUCACGUCCUUUCAGCAAAAGACAACCGUUCUUGUUCUGCACAGCCAGACAGAUCAUUUCUUCUGAGGUUGAUAUCAUUGGCAUAUUGGAUGAAAUAGUAGCUGCUGUUUUCUUCACAACUGAAUAAAUGAAAACUUGAAUUAAUUGGCUUUGAUCAGAUUGAGUUCAUUUUCUGUCAGAUUCCUAUUUUAAUAUUUCAGUACUGCUGACUUUCGCAUCUUCAGGAGCAAGAGUCUGCACAUUGUUAAGCUUAGAAAGUAAACAAAGCUGAUGUACUGAUUUGCUUUACCUUUCAGUUUGUUGACAUGUAUUGUCAAGUGCUGUACAAUGGAAUUGUUUAAAUUUUAAUAUGAUUUAAACUUUUUUAGGAAUUAAAAUAUUUUAAAUAAG